GGAGGAGUUAUACAGAAGGCAGAAGGACGAGAGAGAUGUGGCCACUUGCUAGACCUCCUUGCACUCGAUCUCAUCGCCACGGCAGAAAGACUUCGAGCUGCAAUGCGAGAGCACAUGCGGACAACGGAGGCCACGGUGGAUUCCACGGCUGGACUUGUUUGUGCCAAGAGGAUUGCUCGAGUGUUUGAUCGGAAUUGGAAGAGGAAGCGAAAGAAAAUGACGCAACUACGUCGGGGGAUCGCAAUAGAAGUGUGGAAAGUUGGUGAAGUUAAAUGAAAUCUUGAGGACAAGGUCGCUUUUAAAAGGAGGGGAUUGCUAGAAAUAAAGGGAUUAGGGCUCGGCCCUAUUACUUUCGUUGUUUAAUUAGUAGUAUUAUUAUUAUUAGUAGUAGUGGUAGGCGGCUAAGUGUGGCCAAAUGGUUUAGCAUUAGGGUUUUCCAGUAUAUGUACUUUCGGGUUUACAGAAAAAUAUUAGUAAAUUAUCUCUAUCAAAACCAUAAUCCCUUUUCUCUCAAAUUCGUCACCUACCCCUAAAGGUUGUCAGCCAUUCUUCUUCUCGAUCCCUAAUUUCUUCUUCCAAAUUCCUAAAUCCCCAAUUAUGUUCUUCCCAAAUCCCAAUUCUCAAUCCUAUUCGAAACCCUAAAGAACCGUAGUUCUAACAGGCAACUUAGGGUGGUUGGGUCUAAAGUGUAAGAUCAUAGGGUCCUCAUCAGCCGCCUUGAGGAGCUUGAUCUCGAUGUGAGAUUGUUCGGCUUCUGGUCGAUUUGGUUCUCCAAGGUGGAAUUGCCGUCGUUGUAGCUUUUUUCAUCGAUAAAAUUUGGAAGUUUUGAGGGGGAGGAAGGGGUCUGUAUAUGUUAAUGUGUGGAUUGAGAUGAAUCCCGAAGGAAGGAAAACCACAUUAUGAAGGCUUGAUUUUAGAUCUUCAAACGGUAACCCACUACAGCGAAUCGAAAUCGAAAUCGAAAUCGCCUGUACCAAUCAAUAGGGAGUCAAAGGGUGUGGAAAUAGACGAAAGUGACUUUUUUGUUACGUUGAAACUCAUAUUACCUAAUCAUGCAAAGUGAAACAUUUGUAACCGUCUCGUACAAAGGUCAAACCCGUGCGACCAUUCAUGCUAAGUACCUUCAGUGCUUCUCAUACUAGUAUGACAAGCACUAAUCCACAAGAGUCUGUUUACCAUGUGAAUUUCUUAUGGCCAUAAAGUUUUUCAUCUCUCAGGGUCAUAUCCAAAAUAACAACUAGACGAGUUACCUAACUUCAACUAGACCGGUGCAAUCAACCCAAUUUUAUACGUGAAAUGAAGACAUGAAUUCCUCCAUUUCAUUUCCACCUCCAGUAACUUUCGCAUGCCAGGCCUAUAUCAUCGAUUAGCCUAUAGAUACAGAAACUUACUCACUCGAAGCAGGACUAGAGCGAGAUGAAGAGAGAAUGCAAUUCGAAAACAGAAACAAAUGCUACCGACAUAUUACGAAGAAGUGUUGUUCGAUCUGUUAUAUGAUACUGAUAUAUCUAAAUAAGCAGCAGAGACCAAACCUGGAAGAAAGAAACAACGGAGGUGAAGAAUCAAAGCCGAGGAUAUUCGUCCAGCAUCAAUCAUCCUUUAGCUCCAAACUCCAAAGCAAUGCCCCUCGAUUGAUUUUCACAACAAGAAACCUCCCAGCAAGCCCCACCACAGAGCAGAGGAACAACUACACGUAUCUACCUUACACAAACUUGCAGUACAAGCAACGACCAUCUGAUGUUUAUAACAUUUGCAGCAUAAUGGAUCGUGAUGGUGAUUAUAUAGUGAAGCUGAGUGAUAUACCUCAAGGCCAAGGCAUGGAGCUAAGUUAAUCAGCCAUUCCCGCAUGCCCUACACAGCUAGCUAGGACCCAAUGUUUAUCCCUUUACUGAGGGGAGGAGAAAAUAGGAACAAGGCAAAUAGAGGUGAAAACAUGGUUCCAAAACAUUCCAUCUGCCUGUAACAUUUGUUUAUCGCAGGGGAGUGGAUUAGCUGCAUCGACUAACCAGCAUUGACAGUUAUAAGAAUCCUAGUUCCAAGAUCUACCGCUCUAUGAAUUUACAGAAAUUCAGGAAGUGUAGAAACCUGACGGUUCGGAUGUAAUCAUAUUCAUGCACAUGCAACUGGUGUUCCAUGCCUAGUACUAGUACUGUUCAGUCUACCAAGUACCAUCCAGCAAUCAGUUUAAUCGUAAGAAUUAAAAAUAGAUAUAUAGUCACAGCUGGCUGGCAUUCAAGAAAUAUCUGAACCACAU